UUUAAACUCUGUUUAAAAGGUAACAACUUGUAAUAUAAUAUACUUGAAAAUAGUUUGAAGAUUAAGUUAUUAAAUCCGAUCUUUUCAUUAAGAAUAGGAUUAAACAAAAUUUGAUCAAGAAUAGAUCGAAAUCAAGUAUAUUACUUAUUUAAAGAUUAGUCAUAAUGAAGAUUUCAGAGAAAUUACAACGAGCUCAUUCAUCACCAAAUCCUCCUCCAGCAACAUUCUCAUUUGAGUUUUUUGUUCCUAAGACAUCUCAAGGGGUUCAAAAUCUUUAUGAUAGAAUGGAUAGAAUGUAUGAUUUAAAUCCAAUUUUUAUUGAUAUUACUUGGAAUGCUGGAGGUAGAUCAUCAUCUUUAACAAAUGAAAUGGUUUAUACUGCUCAAUCAACUCUUGGAUUAGAAACUUGUAUGCAUUUAACUUGUACUAAUAUGAAAAUUGAAUUAAUUGAUGAAGCUUUAGAAAAGGCUUAUGCUUCAGGUUGUCAAAAUAUUUUAGCUUUAAGAGGUGAUCCUCCAUUAGAUGGAACUGAAUCUACUGGAGUAUUUACUUAUGCAAAAGAUUUAAUUGCUUAUAUUCAUAAAAAAUAUGGUAAUCAUUUUAAUAUUGGUGUAGCUGCUUAUCCUGAAGGACAUCCUGAAGAAAAUAAUGAUGAAGAACUUUUACAACAUUUAAAAGAAAAAUGUGAUGUUGGAGCUGAUUUCAUUAUUACUCAAAUGUUUUAUGAUGUUGAUAUUUUCAUUGAUUGGUGUGCUAAAAUAAGAAAAAUUGGAAUUAAUUUACCAAUUAUUCCUGGUAUUAUGCCAAUUUCAACUUAUGCAUCAUUUGUAAGAAGAGCAAAAUGGUCAGAAAUUCAUAUUCCUCAACAUUUCUUAGACGUUUUAGAACCUAUUAAAGAUGAUGAUUUCUUAGUUAGAGAAAAGGCUACUAUUUUAGUUAGUGAAAUGUGUCAAAAAUUAUUAGAUUCUGGUUAUGUUAAUCAUUUACAUUUUUAUACUAUGAAUUUAGAAAGAGCAACAAUUAUGAUUUUAGAAAAGUUAAAUAUUAUUGAACCAGUUAAAUCUCAUGAAGUUAUUGGAGGAGCAGAAUUACCUUGGAGAAAAUCUUUAAAUCCUCAAAGAUUAAAAGAAUCAAUUCGUCCAAUCUUUUGGCAAAAUAGAAAAUAUUCAUAUAUUUCUAGAACUGCUACAUGGGAUGAAUUUCCUAAUGGUAGAUGGGGUGAUUCUAGAUCUCCAGCUUUUGGUGAUAUCGAUCUUUGUGCUACUGAAUUAUUAAGACAUUCUCCAAAGAGAGCUUUAGAUUUAUGGGGUAUUCCUCAGAAUUUAAAGGAAUUAUCUAGCUUAGUUAUUUCAUACUUGAAAGGAGAUUUAAAGGCUUUACCAUGGUCUGAUGGACCAAUUGGUGAAGAUACAGCAGUUUUAGUUGAUGGUUUAGUUAAAUUAAACCAUAAAGGUUUCUUUACUAUGAAUUCCCAACCAGCUUUAAAUGCUGUAAGGUCUAAUGAAAAAGUCUUCGGUUGGGGUCCAAAGAAUGGUUUUGUUUAUCAGAAACAAUACUUAGAAUUCUUCUGUCAUAAAGAUUUAAUUCCUAGCUUAUUAUAUAAGAUUGAUUCAUUUAAUAAUAAGGAAGGUGAAUCUUCUUCAAAUGUUAUCUCAUAUUAUGCAGUCAAUAAAGAUGGAAAUUUAACAACCAAUUGUAAUGAUGAUGAUAUUAAUGCAGUAACUUGGGGUGUAUUCCCAGGUGAAGAAAUUUUACAACCUACAAUUGUUGAAAAAAUCUCAUUUUUAGCUUGGAAGGAUGAAGUUUAUCGUUUGUUCAGUGAAUGGUCUAACAUUUUAAAAAGUAAUUUAGUUGUGGCCGAUGCUGAAAAAGUUGAUAACUUUACUAAAUUAGUUGAAGAUUUUAACAACAAUUUUGUAUUAUGUAAUUUGGUCAACAACAAUUUUAUUGAUGAUAAUGAAACAAUCUUCAACUUAAUUGAUGAUUUACAAGUUCCUGAUUUACAAGUUCCUGAUUUACAAUAAAUUUUUUGUUUAUCAUCAAAUAGUCAAGUCGCUAUAUUAAUUCAUUUUUUUUAUUUUCACUAUAUCAAUAUUUAUUAUUGAUACUUUUUUAUUAUUUGCUUAUAUUUUAAUUCACUUAUGCAGGCCCAAAAGAAAUCAAUUAAAGAAGCACUCAACAUGCUUCAUAGUUAAGAACAACUUCAACAUUUGUUCUUAUACUUCAAUCCUUUUAAAAUGUGUUGAUCCAUAUUUAAUAAUAUGGUUAAUGAUUACGAUUUAUUAAUUCAUUUUGCAUACAUAUUGGAA